AUGGAAGCCAUUAUCAAAUCACCUCACCAGCACUGGGUUCACACAUGGGCUGCAAUGCCGCAGCAAGCAGACCCGAGUGAGCUACCUCAAUAUCCGUUUACGCUCCGACAAACAGUGCGCGUUACUCUCGGCACAGCAUCGCACAUUCGCCUGCGAUUAUCCAAUGCAUUCGGCCAUGAACCCCUGACCAUCGCGGAGGUGACAAUUGCACAAUCUGCGGGGAAUGUUUCGGGGACCAACGAGAUUCAACCGGGGACGAUGUGCCACGUUACUUUUUGUGGAGAUCGCGGGGCUCAGAUUCCUGCUGGGGCACAGAUUGUCUCUGAUCCCGUCGACAUUGGACCUCUUCCCCCGUCUACCGCUUUGAGUAUCAGCUUGUUUCUACCGAACGAACCGUCACUAGAGGCAGUUACUACGCAUCCUGGUAGCAGGACUACAUCAUGGUUCACUGCUGGAAAUAAAAUUUCUGAACUUAGUUUUUCAGGACGCGAUGUAGGACAGGUAGAUCACUGGUACUAUAUCAGUGGAAUUGAAGCUUUUCUACCUCGCGAGUCAGGUGCCUUUGCGUUGAUUGGAGACAGUAUUACCGAUGGACGGUGCAGUACGACAAAUGGUGAUACACGAUGGCCAGAUUUUCUCCUCAGCCGCCUACGGAACAGCUCUUCAAAGGCACCACUGGCCAUCGUGAACCAAGCGGCUGGUGCGAACUGCGUUCUCGUUGACGGUUCAGGCGGUCCCAGCGUCCUUGCUCGCCUAGACCGGGAUAUCCUCUCUCUAUCGGGAGUACGAUAUGCAAUGAUAUUCGAAGGAAUAAACGACAUUGGUAUUACUCUACCGGACCCAGACAGCCUGGCAAUUCUGGAGAAACAACUCAUAGCAGGCUAUGUGCAAGUUGCUACACGGCUAGCAUCCGCCGGCAUUGUCGUAUUCAUCGCUACACUGACACCUUUUGGACCACGAAAUGGCGAAGAGGACAAUCAGGACACGACGCCGUAUUCACAUCCCCUGCGCGAGGAGACGAGACAGCGGGUCAAUGCAUGGAUCCGCAAUAGCUGCCCAGCAGUGUUUGAUUCCGUUAUCGAUUUCGAUGCUGUUGUGCGGGACGAGAAGGAGUACUCAGCGUUAGCAAAGCAGUACGAUUCUGGAGAUCAUCUGCAUCCGAAUGAGGCAGCUUUUCAAGCGCUAGCGAACUCGUUCCCUCUAGACAUAUUCGACAUUUGAGAAUUAGAAGUCACGGAUUCCUGUCCCUGGAUAUCUCGAAUCCAUGAAGAUCAUGAGUAUAAAAGCGACUAUACUAUGUAUGUGUUAUCCUACAAAACUAGUAUAGAACUAGGUAGUAAGUCAAGA